AUGUCGUCGAAAAUUGAGAAGACGAUAGCGCGCCAGCAAGAAAAGAUCGCUGAGGGCCAAUUCUACGAAGCGCACCAGCAGCUGCGUGUCAUCGGCACGCGCUACGUCAAGCAGGCGAACUGGGAAGCCGCCAUCAACAUCCUCGCGUCGGGCGCACAGUUGUUGCUCCAAGCGGGCCAGGGCGGCAGCGGCGGCGACCUGUGCCUCUUCCUGCUCGACGUCUACAACAAGGCCGAGACGAAGCCCGAUGCCGCCGCCAAGGCCAAGCUCCUGGGACUGCUGCGCAGCUUCCCGCCCGAGGAGCCGACCAAGAAGAGGUUCAUCGGGGAGAUGAUCGGGUGGUCAGCCAAGUUUGGCGAGUAUCCCGCUGGAGACCCGGAGCUGCACCAUGUGGCAGGCACGAUACUCGCUGAGGACGGCGACGCCUACGACGCGGAACGGCACCUCACCCACGGCACGCGGGACUCGCCCGAACACUUGGUCAAGCUCGAGUACGAAUGGUUCAGCGAAGACGACUCGCACACGGCCCCCCUCUACGCGGCGCGGGCGGUGCUGCCGUACCUGGUGGCCGGCAACGUGCGGGCCGCGAACCAGUGCUUCCUGCAAUUCACGACGCGCCUGUCGCAGGAGCACCCGUCGCUGGGCGUGCAGGACGUCAGCGGCUCGAGUCUCGACCUGCGCAUCUACCCGUCGCUGCCGCUGCUCAACUUCCUCGGCCUGCUACUGCUCGCCGUGACGCGCGGCACCGCCGACCUCUUCCGCAUGCUCAAGAGCCACUACAAGACCCAUUUGGACCUGGUGCCCGGCUGGAACGACGCCCUCGACCAGAUCGGCGAGAUGUACUUCGGCAUCAGGAUUCCCAGCCAGAGCAACCCGCUCAUGGACAUGAUGAGCAGCAUGUUCAUGGGCGGCGGCGGCGGCGCGGGCCAGAAGCCCAAGCCCAGGCGAGUCGAAGCGCCAGCACCCGCGCCGGGACUAGACUAG